UAACGGGUACCAUUCAUUGAUCACCAUAUAGCUAACACCACCAACGGAGUUUCUUCUCAUUCAAUUCCAUUAUCCUUUUUUUUCCCAAACAAUCAAGAAAGAAAGGGACCCACACUUGCCCCAAGGCUCUCUCCUCUCUCUCACUCCCUCUCACUCCCUCACUUUCCAUUUCUCACACAAUGCCACUCCCUCCUUCAUCUUCAACCCAAAGAUCACCAACCAAAAUGCUCGAACGAGCCCUCUCCUCCCGCCGGAACGCGCUCUACGCGGACGAAGCCGCGGCCGAAAACGAUGCCGUAGCUGCCGACGAGUCCAAAACCAAGAAACACUUGCCCAUCUCCUUCUUCACAACCCGAAUCACCAACUACUUGACCCGAACCGGACCAGUCUGGCCCUGCCUCCUCCUUCUCGCUCUCGUCCUCCUCCUCAUCUUCUCCCUCAUCUUCAACUCCCGGAGAUUCGUCUGCGUCUCGCCUUACGACCCGGUUUCUCGCUCCGGCUUCUUCGGGUUCGAUGGCCUCGAAUCGGAUUUUGGAUCCCUUGGCGUGCCCUGGUGCAGAUCGAAACAUGGAAAAACAGUUGAAUGGACAUCAAAGGAUUUAAUCAAGGGCUUGGAAGUGUUUGUACCUAUAUAUGAAACACGACCAAUAAAAAACAACCAGUUUGGGAUGGGUUUUGACCACAGCUUUGGGCUCUGGUUCAUUGCGCAGUGGCUGAAGCCAGAUCUGAUGAUUGAGAGCGGGGCUUUCAAGGGGCAUUCCACUUGGGUUUUGCGGCAAGCAAUGCCAGACACGCCAAUUAUAACCCUUACACCACGGCAUCCUGAAAAGUAUUUAAAGAAGGGGCCUGCAUAUGUUGAUGGGAACUGCACUUACUUUUCUGGAAAAGACUUUUUGGAUUUUGGAAGUAUUGAUUGGCGAAAACUAAUGAAGAAACAUGGGAUUACUGAUCUCGGCCGUGUUCUUAUUUUUUUCGAUGACCAUCAAAAUGAACUCAAAAGAGUUCGGCAGGCUCUGAAAGCUGGUUUUCGACAUCUAGUUUUCGAGGAUAAUUAUGAUACUGGAACAGGAGACCAUUAUUCCUUAAGGCAGAUAUGUGAUCAACCCUAUAUAAGAGGAGGUGGUCACAGCUGCUUUAAAGACAGUGAUGAAGCUAGGAUUAGGUCAAGAAGGAAGAAGUUCUGGGAGAAAGCAGUGGAUAUUGACGAACUUUGUGGCCCAGGUGAAGCAUGGUGGGGUGUCAGAGGAUAUAUGCUGGAUGACUUUAACAACAGUAAAAGUAAUAAGCUGAUUUCGUUUUCAGAACAUUUUCAGAAUAGUCGGUUUGUUGAAUCAAUUCUUGAUGUUUACUGGGAGGUGCCACCAGUGGCAGGUCCAUCCCUCACCCAUCAAACUAGAUAUGAUCCUGCUCGUGCAGUAACUCCCGUUGUUGAAGAUGGCCGGUAUGGCUUAUUCCAACGGCUUGGUUUAACCAGACUCGAUCCUUCUGUAUUUAAUGGAUAUACUCAGAUGGCUUACCUUCAGAUAUAUAAACAGUAACUUUAGAGCUGUCUAGAUUCAGAUACGUUAUUUAGCUUUCAAUAGUUGUUCAUAUUAUGCAAUAUGCAUGCAUUUUUCUCAAUAGCUUUUCCACUCGUUUAUUUCCUUUGAUCUAUUUGUCUUUCUAUCGUCAAUUUGUGGAAUCAAUCUGAGUGACAAUUGUUCUGUACUAGUAACUUAGUAAGUAUCAUGUCAUAGCUGGACCAUUUUGACUUGUUUUCAGCUGUCCAGUUUCUUAUUUGAACUGAUUCAGUUAACUUGUCUGUUGUAAUAUUUAUAAAUUCAAUUAAUUCAAGAUUUCCUUGUUGUCAGUA